AUGUCUGCCUUUCGAGACCCUCCAACGCCGUCUCCGUCUCCCAAACCUUCUACAUCCUCUUCUUUAUGGAAGAAGCCACAACAAGAUGUGGUUAAGAGCACGAAAUCAUUGUCGCCACCAUUAUCACCACCAUCAAUCUUCCUCAAAGUGCCCAAGGCACCGGCUGGAGGAAUCAUCACGCCACCGCCAGAAGCUCAGGCGAAAGACCAACACGAGACAGACAACACAUCCUCAACAGUAAUCGACUGCCCCAUUUCACAAGCAAGCUUUCUGCUUGCCCAGGCCUCUCUGGCAACGGCGCUUUUCGGAGAAUCAUCAACGACCGAGUUCCAGUUCCGAAGCUCCGGGUCGCCCCGGACGGGAUCACGAAUACUCCGUAUCGGUAAAGGUCUUGAUGGAUGUUUUAGUCGCACAAGGGGCUUCCUUGGAGGCCAAGAAACGUUACUCCAAAAUCACGUCACCGCUCGCAGCAACGCUUCAUCGCGCUCAGACCAACGUUUGCCACCGCCCUUGGAGGCGUGGGAGUCAGUUCAUGCAGAUUUGCCGCGGUUACUCCGAGCCGGAAGAGUCCGUCAAGCCGUCGACGCUUUGGGCGACGGCGUGUCAGAGGAAACAGACGCUUGGGAUGACUUGGAACAACGUCAUCUCGCUCGAGCGGCGCUUGUGCUAAGCGCGCUGGCCCACGCAUACAUGUUUGGUGAGGAGCAGGGAAAAGGGGAAAACAAACGGUUCCAGCUCCCUGCCCAUGUCCUCGGUGCGUGGGAUAAAGUAUGCAAGGCGUUGGGAAGACCUCUUACUGGGCGGGUGCCCGCCGAUGACGUUCUCAACAAUGCUGUGGGCAAUGACUCCUUCAGCCUCAGCAGUGUCUACUUUGGCCUUCCCGAGGAGCGACUCUCUUCAGGGCUCCAGGGCAGAAUGGAGGCUGUUUUCGCGCCCGCACUCUCUGCCAUGGCCCUCGCACAGAGCGGCGUGCUGGCUGAUCAACCCGACCUGGUCGCGCAUUGCCUAGAGAAUCUGGCGGCGCGCAUCGUAAAGUGCGCCCACGUUUUUGAUGCCAUGACGCCGCGAGACACGACUCGCUUCGAUCCCGUCAUCUGGAUCAAGACAUACCCUGCCAUGGGCCAGGCGGUGACAUCCGGCGAGCUGGGAAAUAGCGGCGUCGAUGUACCGCUGUUCCACGCGCUGGACGCAUUUAUUGGCCGCAAGGACGUGAAGGGUGACUUGAAGGGAAUGCAGAGCGACCGACGGGCAAAAUUGCCAGUCAACAUCUGCGCCUUUUUGGAUGCCCUUGGAAACGAAGCCGGAAGCGUAAGAGAUUACGUUGCUGGUGCAUGUGCUCGGCUACACUAUCUGUCCCCUGAUGAGCAGUCACAGUACCGGCACCUCUCAGCAGCGUGGGAUGGGCUUUUGCAAAUGUACGUCUGGUUCCUAGAGAGGCACCGCGUCAAGGCUGUUGGCGUCACAGGUGUGAGCCUAAGCACAGGGCGACACUCGACGAGCAGUGGUGUCCAGAGUAGUGACCAGGACAAAUGUUUGACGGCAGGGAAGCCAAAGAUGCGACCCGAGACCAUGCUCAGUAUGCAAAUGAAAAAGGGUAUGGCGUCGCGGUUAGGAGGGAGACCACUGUGGCAAGACGCGUAUAUCCAGUCGCAGAGCGUGUACGAAGGCACCGUAGUGGUGACCGUGAGAUUGGAUGCAAAUUUGCCGCUCAAGUCAGGCGAUCGAGUGCAAGUCUGGCCGCCGAGAAAAAGGAAGAAUGUUAAGAGAACAUCUUCGCACCAGCGCCGGUUACGAGGCUCCUCUCCGGAAGACCAAGACGUCUCAUCAGAAGAGGGCGAUGAUGAUGUCGAGCCAAGAUUCUACUCUAUUGCCCGUGUCAUACCAGACACUGAGGGGAGAGGUAUGGCCAUCACCCUGACUGUCGGCCAACACUCGCCCGAGGGACUGGUAUCUUCUUUUCUUAGCAACUCAGCUCAAGGCACACAUUUGCGCCUUCGUCCCUGGCCUUCUCCUCGUUUCCGCCAGCCACGCGAUAUGACCUUGCCACUGGUGUUAAUUGGCCAGGGCAGCGGUAUCGGCCCUUUUGUGGGAUUUCUACACGAUCGGGUGGCAGCGAGACAUCGGCUAGACGAUACCCAAGACGACAUGGGUGAGAUGGGCGAGGUUCUCUUCGUGAUUGCUGCCAAAACACUUCGUCAUGUCCCCUGUCCCCUCGACAGCUUGGAGGAACUGACCAAGGCUUUACCAUUGACCAUCAUAUUGGCUCUCAGCCAAGAGACACACCAAAUGAUCCGCAGCGGAGUCUGGACUGAACUACCCCAGGGGGACCGUCACGUAACAAGCCACUUGCUAGAGUACCGGGACUUUGUCCAGCGGCUCGUGAAAGAAAAGAACGGUCAUGUUUUUGUCUGUGGUACCUCCGAAUUUGGUGCUACAGUGAUGAGCGACCUUGGACUGGACCAAACCCAACAGCAGCAGCAGCAGCGGCAAAAACAACAAGCAAAAGAUUUAAAUGACGAGUCCUACAAUAACAACCGCACAAAAAUACCCUCACCUCCCGAUCUUUGGGACCAAGUGCACCAAGAUCUCUUUAAUGCGGUGAAAAAACCUUUAAUCUCACGGUCGUCUUCCUCCCCUUCCUCCUCUCCAACAGACCUCAAAACCCCCGUCAUCAGUCUCUCCGAGCUUGCAGCCCACAAUUCCAUUACUUCAUGCUGGAUUGCCAUCGACGGUAUCGUCUACGAUAUGACGUCCUUCUUGACCACCCACCCGGGCGGACCAAAAACGCUUCUUGAGUCAGCGGGCACUAUCGCCGAUGCUCGCUUUGCAGAAACGCAUGGCGGGCCCCACGUUCAAGAGAUCAGAGGUUAUCUCCAGAGAUAUACCGUUGGGCGUCUGUCCACAGUUACUGCCGACUCUCCUGGCACGCAGAUGACUACAUCAAAGAUCAUUGAUGCCCUAGUAAAGAUGCAGAACGCUCUCACCAACAACGCCACUUUUGAAGCAAGUCGUGGACCGGUGCCCUUGUACGUGUACCAGGAUGCCCUGCUCGUCUUUGCCGAUGGCUUAGACGGUGUUGCCGGCAUCCUGUCAGACGUUUCCAGUGACGGUAUCUCCUCUGAACUUAGAGAGACCAUUUUAAAGACACAGGCGCUGUUGCGAAGGGCCUUUACGGUUCUGAAAAACGGUUGCAAGGGUUUUCUAGUUGCUGCUGGCUCCAAGGGCGCCCGCUCCCGGUCCUCAGCGCUGCUUGACGAGAGUGAGGAUCUCAUCCAGAGGCUAUAUAGGGAACCUAUUCAAAAGGUGCAUUCGGCUAUUGAUGCUUGUAAGAAGGAUUUGGGUGAGAUGAAGACCGUGACCAACGCGGACUGCAGUUGCAAGAAUUAUAAUGUCCAUGAAGACGAGAACGCCCAGGUACUGAGAUGUGCCUUGGAUAAGUUUUGCAUUAGCCUAGCAAGCGUCGCUGAGGAUUUGCUCUAUUAG